GCAGCUUUCUCCACUCAUCCUGAGAGGGCCAUGGUCAAGCUUCCACAGCUAAAGACCAUGCAGGCGCAUUGCUGCGCUGUUCGUUUGUGCGCUCUGGUCUACUUUUUUGCGUUUCUGGGGAAUGUGAUUGAUGGACCCAUUAUGUGGACCCUUUCGCCUCCACAUGAUUGGAGCGCAGCAGGGUUGGUGUCUUUGAACAAGCUGGCUUUGGCACCUGCAGCAGUUGCAUUCUUCAGGCCCUGGUACUGGCCUUGCUUAGCCAUUUGUUGGGUGCUAUGGCAUACGACGCACACGAAUGGUGGUCACUGGUUCUUCUUUGGAUGGGACGCGAUGCUGGAUGAAAUUGGAUGUCUAGCGAGCAUUCUCUCCAUCACUUUGACUCUUUACGACGACGUCCAGGUGGAACCUGGCGUUGCUGAAAUCAACUUGGACAGACAGGAAGAAGAGGAAGAGGAGGAACCAGCUCUGCCAGGUUCUGCUGAGGGAUUUGCGUCAGCUCUUCGAUCUCGAAAGCGGGACAAGAAGCAGGCGCCAAAUGAGGGGACUUCCCCUUGCUAUGCAGAAGAGGCGGAACGACCAUCGCGUUCUGCAUGGCAAAUGCUUUGGAUAUCCUUUUCCCCAGAGAAGUGCACCUCAAGCUCACGACCAUGCAGCCAAGCAGUGGACUGGUGCCGUACUUUGGCGGAGCUCUCCUUGACACUUGCUGGUUUCAGACUUUUUCUUGCAGCCGGGCUUUUGAAAAUGAGAGUGGGGAGUGCAUGCUGGAAGAACUACACCUGCCUGUAUGAUCAUUAUGAGACUCAGCCUAUGCCAAAUUUUGCGGCUUGGAUGUUCCACAAUUACACCCCUCAUGCCAUGCUUUCAGUCAUGCAAUGGUUUGCGAUUGAUGUCUCUGAAUGUAUUGUCCCCUACUUUUUGCUGAGCUUUGUUCUCAGCAUGGGGCCGGUUGGGGUUCUACAGCGGCAAGUGCUAAGAGACGGAUUCGCACAGCGGAUUCUUCAGAUCCCGGGUCGCCUGAUUGCCUCGGUCCUCAUCAUGAUCUUUGUGUUCGGCAUGUUCAUUGGUGGCAACUAUGCGUUUCUACAUCCUUUGGCAGUUGUCUCCUUAGUGGCCUCAGUUGGUACAGUUCAUGGGCGUCCCGUGAUCCGCAAACCUGAAUCAGCACCAAAGAUUCUCUAUCGGGCUCUCAUGCCAUGGGUGGUGCUACUGGUGCUGCUCUUUGCAUUUCUGCCAAGUCUUCGGGCUUAUGCCUGGCUGUGGUCAGGACGUGAAAGACUUGGCUUUGUUGAGCCCCUCAUGCAGUCCGGGUUUGUCCGCCAAGCAGAAUUCUUUAAUCUGGGAAUCCCUUACAACCAUCAUGCAUAUUUUGCGGGUGCUGUUCACGAGCGCAAUGAGAUGGUGCUUUGGGCUGAUGUGGGUGAGGGCUAUGUUGAAGUGGACAUACCUUACAAAGUGGGUCGAGUGAACCGCAUGCCUUUGCAGACCAGCCCCCUCCACCGAAGAUUUGCAUGGCAGUGGUGGUUCCUUGGACUUGGCGCAGACCCUUCCUGGCUGGUCAGCUUCAUGGAACUUCUUUGUCAGAAGAAUGAUGUGGCCUGGCAAGCAGUGGAGUACAACAGCAGCAUCCACACGAAGCUGGGGAAGCUUUCAAGAAUCUCAGCGCAGAUGUACAAAUACCACUUCUCAAAGCCAGGUUCCUCCACGUGGUGGCAAAGGGCUGAAGUAAUAGGGCAGCGCCUGGACAUGUCGUGCAGAUAAAAAGGGCAGGUCACGCGCCGCGGAUAAGUUAC